GUGCCGAUUCACACACUUCUCCUUGCUGACUGGAUCGGAACUAUAAUUACAGUACGUGAAUCUCGUUGUGGGCGGAGACCGCUUGGGAAUAUGGAGUAAGGGGCGGAAAAAAGGGAGCGAGAGAAAGACGGAGCGGUUUCUUUACUGACUCGAGCGGAGGGGGCGUCCUAUGGUCGUUCGAACAAACAAAGUCGCAAUAUCGCCUCGCGCAGCCGUAAAAUAGCGUCGGAACUACUUUCACAGCAGGGGGCACUAAUCCGACCAGUCGUCGCGGCGGCGAAGGGGAGGGCCUGACGGCGGACGAGACUUUUGUGAUUGGCAUUGUAGAUAGCCUAUGAGACGGUAACGCCGAUCCAGGCGGUCGCGGCCAUUGGACUGUGACUGGGAAACGCCCCCGACGCAACCGGGAGGGGGCGGAGCAUAGGACGGUUUCGGCCCCAGGCUAAUACUCGAGCCUUGGGCCUUGGCAAAGGCGGAGGUGGUGCUUGUAUGCACGUAGUGCACUUUUUUCCUGGUUCACAUGUGACAAGGACAAUUGUGAACAAGAACGAUGGCAUCUGAAUUUGAGAACCCGAAUCCAAGUGCGAGAAUAAUGACAUUCCACCCAACUAUGGAAGAGUUCAAAAACUUCAGCCGUUACAUUGCGUAUAUAGAGUCGCAAGGAGCUCAUAGAGCUGGACUGGCAAAGGUUGUUCCUCCAAAGGAAUGGAAACCACGCAAAUGGUAUGAUGAUAUUGAUGAUGUGAACAUCCCAGCUCCUAUUCAGCAAGUGGUCACAGGCCAGUCAGGCCUCUUCACACAAUAUAACAUCCAGAAGAAAGCUAUGACAGUUCGGGAGUUCAGGAGGAUAGCAAAUAGUGAUAAAUACUGCACCCCUCGAUAUACUGAUUUUGAAGACCUUGAACGCAAAUACUGGAAGAACCUCACAUUCAAUGCUCCAAUAUAUGGUGCAGAUGUUAAUGGCACACUCUAUGACAAGCAUGUAGAUGACUGGAAUAUUGGCCAUCUGAAUACAAUUCUUGAUGUAGUAGAGAAUGAAAGUGGCAUUACUAUUGAGGGGGUGAAUACACCAUAUCUCUACUUUGGAAUGUGGAAAACAUCAUUUGCCUGGCACACAGAGGACAUGGAUCUCUACAGCAUCAACUACUUGCAUUUUGGGGAGCCCAAGUCAUGGUACUCCAUUCCUCCAGAGCAUGGGAAGCGGCUGGAACGCCUUGCUAAAGGGUUCUUUCCUGGAAGUGCCCAAAACUGUGAAGCUUUCCUUCGUCACAAGAUGACCCUAAUAUCUCCAUCAAUAUUGAAGAAAUAUGGCAUUCCAUUUGACAAGGUGACCCAAGAAGCAGGUGAAUUCAUGAUAACCUUUCCUUAUGGAUACCAUGCUGGCUUUAAUCAUGGCUUCAACUGUGCUGAAUCUACUAAUUUUGCUACACUUCGGUGGAUUGAGUAUGGAAAGCAGUCUGUACUAUGUUCAUGCCGAAAGGACAUGGUCAAAAUCUCCAUGGAUGUCUUCGUGAGAAAAUACCAGCCAGAACGCUACAAGCUUUGGAAAGCGGGGAAAGAUGCAACUGUCAUUGACCACACACUUCCAACUCCAGAGGCAGCUGAGUUCCUUAAAGGAGAGCUCCUCCAGAAAGUUAAGAAGGCGAAGCAAUGUCCUGAGGAAAGUGAACCCGAAGAAGGAUGCAAAGCAGAGGAAGAUACGGAGAAGAAGAGCAUGCCCAAGCAUCGCAUUGGAACCAAACGGCACCGCGUCUGCUUAGAGGUUCCUCAUGAGGUGAGCCAAAGUGAGGCCUUUCCCAAAGAAGAGCUGAGUUCAGUGCAGUUUGACAUGGAAGUGGCAGAACCGCCUGUUGGACCUGCUAGAGAGCCUGUGCAACAAGGGGACCAAGGGCUUGCACCCCCAGAAUAUGCAGAUUCCUCGGAAGUAAAAUUUGAAGAACUGAAAAAUGUCAAACUAGAAGAGGAAGAGCCAGAUGCAGCUGUUUUGGAUCUUUCCAUCUCUCAUUCUGUAACUUCAGCCUUGACCCAGUCAUCCAUGAAGCAGAGUUCAGCCUCCAGCUCUCAGUCUGGCUCUUCAAUGUGUUCAAGUUCUUCAGAUUCUGAAUCUCCUGACUUCUCCAGGCAGGCACUUGAGCAAGCUGAAGUUCUCACAGUGCACAGUUAUGCUAAAGAAGAAGUCGGUGGCAUGGACAGUGAGCAGCCCUCUGGAAAAAAAGCCAGUGCUACUACCCAUGUGAAUGAACAGGAACUUGCAAAAAUGGCGAAGGAGUACAUCAGAUCAGUAAAAGACCGUAAAAAAUCAAAAGGGCGUCGCCAGCCCCUGAGCAAACUACCACGUCAUCACCCACUUCUCGUUAAAGAUGACCUCAGUGAUGAUGAGAUGUCAGAGCAGCUGGCACCAGAUGAAGAAACUGAGGAGAUAGAAACAUGGGCAAAGCCACUCAGCCAACUAUGGCAGAAUCGCCCUCCAAACUUUGAGGCAGAAAAGGAGUACAACUCAGCCAUGGCUCAGCAAGCCCCCUAUUGUGCAGUCUGCAUGCUGUUCCAAACCUACCAGGCAGAUUGUGGAGGCCAGAGCUCGCAGGCAGCUCCAGGUGCUGAUGGAAAGAUGAGAACUAAGCCCCUGAUUCCUGAGAUGUGCUUUACUACCACUGGCUGCAGCACAGAUGUCAGCCUCUCCACUCCUUACUUGGAGGAAGAUGGCACCAGUCUUCUGGUCACUUGCAAACAGUGUCAAGUUCGAGUACAUGCCAGUUGUUAUGGAGUAGCCCCUGCGAAAGCAACUGAGGACUGGAAGUGCUCUAGAUGCAAAGCUAAUGCCUUAGAAGAGGAUUGCUGUUUGUGCUCACUUCGGGGAGGUGCACUUCAAAAAGCCAAUGAUAACAAGUGGGUUCAUGUUAUGUGUGCUGUGGCAGUUCUGGAGGCUAAGUUUGUGAACAUCGCAGAACGCAGUCCAGUGGAUGUCAGUAAAAUACCACUGCAGCGCUUUCGGCUGAAAUGUGUUUUUUGCAAGAAGAGACGGAAGAGAACUGCUGGCUGUUGUGUGCAGUGCUCUCAUGGCCGCUGUCCUACAUCCUUCCAUGUCAGCUGUGCUCAGGCAGCUGGAGUCAUGAUGCAACCGGAUGAUUGGCCUUUUGUGGUCUUCAUUACUUGUUUCAGGCACAAGAUUCCAUCCCAGGCAGAGCGAGCCAAGGCUGCUCUUCAGGAUCUUACCGUGGGGCAAGCAGUGAUCAGCAAGCACAAGAACGGGCGUUUCUACCAAUGUGAAGUGGUCAAUCUGACCAAGGAAACCUUUUAUGAGGUCAACUUUGACGAUGGCUCCUUCAGUGACAACUUAUACCCAGAAGACAUUGUGAGUCAAGAUUGUCUCCAAAUGGGUCCUCCAGCUGGAGGUGAAGUUGUUCAAGUGAGAUGGACAGACGGCCAAGUUUAUGGAGCUACAUUCGUGGCUUCGCACGUUAUUCAGAUGUACCAGGUGGAAUUUGAGGAUGGCUCCCAGCUGAUGGCAAAGAGGGAUGAUGUGUACACUCUUAAUGAAGAACUUCCUAAGAGGGUCAAGUCAAGGCUGUCUGUUGCAUCUGACAUGCGCUUCACAGAGAUCUUCACAGAGAAGGAGGUCAAACAAGAAAGAAAAAGACAGAGGGUCAUCAAUUCACGCUACCGUGAAGAUUACAUUGAGCCUGCACUGUACCGGGCCAUUAUGGAGUAGUAGUGGAGUAGUAGCUGGCAACAGAAUUGCGGUGACCACCUCCAGGUGGAUCCUAGCACUACAGCACAGCAGAGGCCAAACAGACUGUCUUUACAUCCAGGUUUUUUUAAAAAAAAUAUUAAUGAAACAAACUUGCCUGAUUCUGCAGCACCUUGAAGGUGGUUGUCAAGUAAUAGGAUGGAUUCGACUUUACUGGCAGACUCUAAGUCUAGAAUUUGGGAGCACUAAAUUCUCUGACUUCCUGAACCAUUUGGCUCACACCAGCUUGAUGGCUUCACUUUUGGCAGUGAGUUUCUUUUUGAAGUACAAACUCUUCUCUACCAGAGGAAAAUCUUCUUAAUACAACCCCAGGGAGCAACAGACAGCUGCAGUGCUAUGGAUGAACCCCCUGCUUUUUCCUGGAUUAACUGUCUGGUUCAGGGUGUGUUUCCCAGCUCACCAUGCCUGCACAAAGCUGGCGAUGUCACUGGUGCUUGACAAUUAAUUCCUUUUUAUAUUUAUAACCCUGUUUUUGUCAUGAGCACGUGUUUUUUCAGCAUCACCUCUCUCAGACGGAGCCAAGUGGGAUGAAGAAGGGAGAGUGAAACUGAUUAGCUCCUUUUAGUCCCUACUUCUUGAACCUUUGAUUUAAGUUUUUGUCCUAUUUUAUAUUCAGAGACUUAUUUACUCAUGCGUUUAAUUGUAAUAGUAUGUGCCUAUGUAAUAGGAAACUGUUUGGAGCCAUUUAGCACGUGCAUUCCUUGGGCAAAAGAAUCCUAGGAAGUACCCCUCAUUAAGGCAAUAAGGACCGCAGGCAUUCCAGGGCCCUGGUUCUCCUGGGAAGACGAGAAGUCAGGCGCAGGCAUGUAGCAAGGAUGCCUUGGAAAAUAAUUGUAAGCGUAUCUCACUGGCAUUGGCUCCAGCUUGUGGGGUGUCUUGAGUAUAAGUUGAGUAUUUAUAAAAUAAGUGCAAAGGUCAGCAUUAUUGGUAUUUCUGUUUAGGAACUUUAUGCUGGUUUUGCCCUAAACUAAGAUGGUAAAAGUAGCAACAGAACUCAUGUGUAUUUGGUCCUAUCCAAGGUGUGGAAGUUCAAGGGGUAUGAUUUUGGGAGAGAGAAAGGGCUGCUUUUGUGCUUUACAACAAUGGGGACAACUUUACGUACGUUCCAGAGAGAGUUCAAGCUACUUUUAUAAAUAUGUUAUUGUAGUGUAUGUAGGGCCAUAUCAUCAUGAACAUGCCCUUAUCUGACCUUGGAAGAUAAAAGUACCCUCUUGUUCAUUUGGCUGCUCUGGCAAAGGAUGUGGUGCCACAACCCUCUGUUCAGCUAUUUCUCUUGCUGUAUAAAGAUGUGCUGUAUCGGAAAUUUUAGGGAUGGAGUGCCUUCUUACACAACAGACUAUGUUGUGGGGUAGGCCACUGCUUCUGUAUCAGCCUUGCAGUAUAUAUUGCAAAUUCUUAUAAUGUAAUUUGACCAAAUUCUCCUUCAGCUUGCAAACACAAUCUUCAGGCAUUUUUCUGACUCUUCUCUCCCUUUAUUAAUUGUAAUUUUGGUGUGGCCUGAGGCAGCCCAUAACGGGGGAGGGGGGGUAAUAUAAAUCUUGAUAGCCAGUAUUAACUUGCUCUGUGUGUUAUUUGAGAGAGUCUAGGAGUGGGGUGACUUCAGAAGCAGUGUAUGUGGGAUCCCUGAACGCACACACAUGUACAUACACACAGCAGACUGGAAGAUUAGAAAAGUCAUUGCAUCUCAUUGAUUUCUGUGACUGUCCUUUGAAGAGUGGCAGCUCCCCAAAUGUAUAAAUCUGCCUUUGGAGAAACACUUCAAAUAUUCUUGAAUGCUUUUCACUCCCUCAGCUAUCUGGGUGGGUGGGUGGGCAUACUUUUUGGUGCUUUGGGUAACAGAUUCCCUCUGGUCAGUAUUCUUCUGGUUCCCCAGGUAUGAUAUUGAAAAGCAGAGUCUUCUGUCUUUCUUUUUCCCAGGAGCCUCUUCCUGUCCCAGCUGGCAUUUUCUGCAUCUUGAUUCAGGAAGGAUUGUGUUUAUAUACAGAAAUCCUUAUGUUGGCAUAUUUUUAAAAAUAUGGCUUAUUUACUGUUAUGCUUCAACUGAAAUAAUGGGCUUUUCUGUAUCAGCUUUGAAACUGAAUCAUUACCUUAAAUAUUAUCAACAUACAAGGGGGAUUUUUCCUUAUGCUUUUGUUUCAAAUUGUCUAUGGGAAAAACUAGUCUAGAAGGCAUUUAAAUUUACCCGAUAAAAAUAGUCUUGAACUGUAGCUAUGCUGUGGCUCAGGGCCUUUUCUGAAUAUUUUUAAAAAGGAUAUCGGGGUUGAAUAUGUGUGUCUCUGGAAAUGGCUGUUCCUAUUCUAGACUGUAGGUGAACCUGAAGAUAGAUUGCAACAGGUUAAAGUAAAACAAUUUUAUAUUGUGUGGAGACAAUAUGUAAAGUACAUUGUGGCUGAACCAGCACACUUUGUGAGAAUUCUAAGGAUUCUAUCCAGAACUUACUAUAAGUAUUCUGCUUUACUACUAUUAUGGGUGUAUGUCUUGCUUCAUUUAGAUCAAUUAAAUGCAUUUAAUCUUAGUCAGCAUAGGAGAUCAGUGAAAUAGCAAAGCAGGUGUCUGUCCCCCAAAAUGCCAAUUAUUGAUUAAUUUUAUAUAAUGACUGUGGGAACUCAUUUAUACUGAUAUUUUAAUAGGCUUUUGAGGAGUUAAACUCCUUGUUAUUUGCUUCUCCCCUACUUUAAAUACAAAUUAACUGAUUAAGAUGCAUGAACAGCAAGGAGCAGGCUGAACAGAGUGUUACAGACAUGAUGUCAUUAUUACCCUUCUCUAAACUGGACUCCAAUAAUUUCUGACCUGUUUGAAGUUUUACUGGCUUUGGAAUGGCAAUGUGAGAUGGAGACAAGAUAGGCAGCUUUAUGUAUUGUUUUCAACCUGAUCUAGUAAUAUAAUUUUGGACUAGACUCAACUGAUUAAAUCUGAAACACUUUAA